CCUAGCGUCCUCUGCAAAGGCGGAAACGCUGCGUCGUCUGUCCGGUCAGCCGGCGGGCUGGCUGCUGGCCUCUCCCGGCGCGGCCUCCUCCGAGCCGCCCGCUAUGGCGUCGGAGGGGCCGCGGGAGCCCAAAGGCGAGGGCAUCAAGUUAUCAGCAGAUGUCAAACCGUUUGUCCCCAAAUUUUCUGGGCUAAAUGUGGCGUGGUCAGAGUCUUCAGAAGCAUGCGUCUUUCCUAGCUGUGCAGCCACAUACUAUCCUUUUGUUCAGGAACGACCAGUGACAGGGCAUAAAAUAUAUACUGAAGAUAUGGGCUUUGGAGCUUCAGCUUUCCCACCUCAAUAUUUAUCUUCUGAGGUGACUCUUCAUCCGUACGCCUAUUCUCCCUACACCCUUGAUGCCACACAAAAUGUUUGCUCAGUGCCUGGCUCCCAGUAUGAUUAUAACCAACCCAGUUGUUACCGGGGUUUUCAAACAGUGAAACACCGAAGUGAGCAUAUGUGCCCUCUCCCACAAGAAAUGAAAGCUCUGCUUAAGAAAAAAACCUAUGAUGAGAAGAAAACUUACGAUGAGCAAAAGUUGGAUGGUAAAGGGGCUGAUGGAACUCUGUCAUCUGAGAUCAAAUCAGCUAAAAGUUUGCAUCAUUUGUCCAUUCAUGCCGAGAAUAGUUUGAAAUCAGAUGGUUAUCAUAAACGAACAGACAGGAAGUCCAGAAUCAUUGCAAAGGGUACAUCUCCUUCCAAACCUGAAUUUGAGUUUACAAGGUUGGAUUUUCCUGAACUGCAGGGUCCAGAGAACAAUAAUAUAUCAGCACUACAAAAGCAACCCAAGUGGGGACCUGUCCGCUCCACCUCCACGGACAUUUCUCUUCUAAGAGAAGUAGUAAAACCCGCUACGGUGUUAUCAGAGGGUGAAAUGGUGGUAAAAAACAAUCCAGAUGAACCUGUAACUGCUGUUGCUGCCUCCAGUUCCUCUUCUUGUACAAGAGAGUUAUCUUGGACACCAAUGGGUUAUGUUGUUCGGCAGACAUUAUCUACAGAACUGUCACCAGCCCCUAAAAAUGUUACUUCCAUGAUAAACUUAAAGACCAUUGCUUCAUCAGCAGAUCCUAAAAAUGUUAGUCUAUCAUCCUCUGAAGUUUUUUCUUCGGAUCCUUCCUCCAACAAAGAGAAACACAUGGUUCAUCCUGCCAAAAAGUGUAAAGCAUCACAAAGUGGCGACCUUGAACAAAAAGAAGCCCCAAGAAAGAAUAAGAGAAAGAAAGAAAAGUCUAAACCAAAAUACGAAAUCCUGACAGUUCAAGAGCCACCAAGGAUUGAAGAUGCUGAGGAGUUUCCCAACCUGGCAGUUGCAUCUGAAAGAAGAGACAGAGUAGAGUCACUGAAAUUUCGAUCUAAACAGCAGCCACAGGAUAAUUUUAAAAAUAGUAUUAAAAAGAGCCAGCUUCCAGUACAGUUGGAUUUGGGGGGAAUGCUGACAGCACUAGAGAAGAAGCAGCACUCCCAGCAUGCAAAGCAGUCCUCUAAACCCGUGGUGUUCUCAGUUGGAGCAGUGCCAGUCCUUUCCAAAGAAGUCUCAUCAGGGGACAGGGGCCGGCGCCUCAGUCAGAUGAAGACGCCGCACAACCCCUUGGACUCCAGUGCCCCCCUGAUGAAGAAGGGGAAGCAGAGGGAGGUGCCCAAGGCCAAAAAGCCAACUUCACUGAAGAAGAUUAUUUUGAAAGAACGGCAAGAGAGAAAGCAGCAGCGUCUCCAGGAAAAUGCCAUGAGCCCAGCUAUUGCCAGUGAUGGUGGACAAGAUGGAGAAAGCGGUGGUGAUGACCUGGCACUUGAGCAGAUGGACCCCUUAGGUCCAGGGGGGACAGAUGAAUCGGUCUCCUCCACUCCUGAGGCUGAGGGCAAGUCAGAAGAGCCACCGGGCAUGGAGCUCCAGGGGGACAUAGAGGCCAGCCACCUUGCUCCUGACCACGCCGCCUUCCCCAAGAUCCACAGCCGCAGAUUCAGGGAUUACUGCAGCCAGAUGCUUAGUAAGGAAGUGGAUGCUUGUGUUACGGACCUCCUCAAAGAACUUGUCCGUUUUCAAGACCGUAUGUACCAGAAAGAUCCAGUCAAGGCCAAGACCAAGCGCCGACUUGUGUUGGGGCUGAGGGAAGUUCUCAAACACCUGAAACUCAAAAAGUUGAAAUGCGUCAUCAUUUCUCCCAACUGUGAAAAGAUCCAGUCGAAAGGUGGGCUGGAUGACACUUUGCACACCAUUAUUGAUUAUGCCUGUGAGCAGAACAUUCCCUUUGUGUUUGCUCUCAACCGCAAAGCUCUGGGGCGCAGUUUGAACAAAGCCGUUCCUGUCAGUGUGGUGGGGAUCUUCAGCUACGAUGGGGCCCAGGACCAGUUCCACAAGAUGGUUGAGCUGACAAUGGCAGCCCGGCAGGCGUACAAGACCAUGCUGGAGAAUGUGCAGCGGGAACUGGCUGGAGAGCCUGGGCCUCAGGUCCCUUCCAGCCUACCUAUGGAGGGCCCCAGCUGCUCUGUAGAAGACAGCCCCCCAGCCCCCACUGAAAAAGAAGAGCCACACUACAUUGAAAUCUGGAAAAAACAUCUGGAAGUAUACAGUCGAUGUGCCCUGGAGCUAGAUGAAUCCUUGGAAGCUUCUACCUCUCAGAUGAUGAACUUGAAUUUAUAGCAAGAGAGUUCUUUCCUGUGUGUCUGUGUUUUCUGGGUAAGGAGAGAGAAGUUUGAAAGACUUUGGGGCCUUUUCUUUGUAGUUCUUCAUUGACCUAAUGUAUUUUGUAUGACUGUUGAAUCUGGAAAUUAACCUGCAUGAAAGGGGGUGUGAAGCAGUGUCUCAGGCCUUUAAAACUGUGGAGCCCAUCAAAUGUUGUUCAUAUAUACUCUGGUGGAAAUCUCUUAAAAGCCUGGUAAUACAGCUUUGGCUUUCUGAGCACACUGGAUCUGGAAAACACUAGAAAACAUGGUACUUAGAGUACUUUGGCUGCUAAGGAAAUUUCCUCUCCAUUGCAGAAUAGCUGAGCCAAGUGAGUGAGUUUGCAGAAAGCUGGUGCGGAGGCACCCAGGGAAGGAGCACAGUCCUACAGGGAGCCACCUGACAGAGGGCUGCAGGGACACUAGCAUCAGAGCAGGAGGACUGUAGGGAAGGGCCCUCUCCCAGGGAUGUUGCUUUUCAGCUUUCAUUUGGGGAUACUUGGAGGAUUUGCUAAAAUGAGCCUCAGAAGGAAAAUUGGUUUUCUAACCUGUGACUUUUGACAUGAAUUAUUUCUUUCAGUCUUUAUUUUUCAGAGAAACAAUGUAUUGAAGUUCUUAGAUUUCACUUUGAUAAUCUAUAAAUCUUUUCUUUCUUUUUUAAAUGAGCAUAUUCUGAAUGUGGUUUCUGUCUCAGAGGACAGGAGGACAGAUUUUACUUUCCUAUUUUCCUUGUAAGUAAGAGGACUUAUUUAUUUUGAAUAAAGAGUAAUUAUUUAAUUUUAUUCCAGACUCUGGUGA